AUGCGAAACCUCCCGCCGCUGCUGCCGCUGCCGCUGCUGGUGCUGGUGCUGGUGCUGCUCGUGGCCGCGGGGCACGGCGCCGUCAUCACCGGGGCCUGCGACCGAGACCAGCAGUGCGGCGGCGGGAUGUGCUGCGCGGUCAGCCUGUGGAUCCGCAGCCUGCGGAUGUGCACGCCGAUGGGGAAUUUGGGAGAGGAGUGCCAUCCCUUGAGUCACCGAGUUCCCUUCUCGGGGCGGCGGAUGCACCACACCUGCCCGUGCCUCCCGGGCCUCACCUGCGGACGGACUUCCUCCAGCAAAUUCAAAUGUAUGCUGCACUUCAGAAAAGAAGAUGUCUUCUUUUAG